ACUAUGCAGGAUUCACCCAGCUCCCUGGUGAUGGAUGGCUACUCCAGCAAUGUGCCAGCCUUCCUAACCAAGCUCUGGACGCUGGUGGAAGAUCCUGAAACAAACCACCUCAUCUGCUGGAGUACGGUCAGCUCUUAUUUUGGACCUCCCAUCACCAUGCUCUGCUUUCCUGCAGCCAGACAUUGGCUUACAGCUGUCUUCUUGGGUAAGGCUUCUAGGUUGGAGAAUUAUAGAAUCAUUAAGUUUGGAAAAGACUGCUAAGUUCAUCUAGUCCAACUGCAGAUGUUUGAGAUUCCCAUGUUGCAUCCUUCUCUUCUCCCUGUCAGUGGUGUUAGAGCUGAGGGGCUGUGUGCUUUCCUAAGAUUUCUGGAUGUAAUCAGAGCUCUUGGUAAAUAGGACCUGUAAGGAGUGAUUGAAUAAAUUGUAGCAUGGCACACGGUCUCUGCCCUGUGUGACUGUCAACACCAGUGGGAACAAGAGUCUGCCAAGACUGAUGGGCAGAUUGUUAGUGGAUCUCCACUAACAGCACUUGGCCAGCUUUUGCUUCUGCUCUUUGCAGCAAGGAUUAAUAGGAAGGACUCUGGUGAUGGUCAGAGGGCACUGUUGAGGCAAGAAGCAGAGUUACGUGCUGUGAGCAUGCAGGGUUAAUUGCUAGAGCAGACAGAAGAGCGCGAGCACAGCAGGAAUCAGCACUGUAUGUCAAUGGGAGUGCAGUGGCAUGGAGCAGUGCCGUGGGGUUUGCCAGCUGGCUGUUUCCUAGGGAGCAUGGCAGGCUGGCACACACUGGUCCCCUUUAGCCUCUGAGCUUUGUCAUGGUCCUUAUUCCACUUCUGUUUUAAAAACAUCCGGGCAGCCCCAAGAGCACCCGUGCAGAGCAGGCUGGGUGGUGGGUGCAUGGCGGGACCCAGGUGAAAAUGCAUUGCCAGUUCUUCUGUCCCUUAAGAUGGUGAUGUGGAUUUGUGUUUGCAAAAUGUUUCAGAGCAGCUGCAGUGCGGUGUGUCUGCCAGGCCUACUCUGCAGCAGCUUACCUGGCAGUAGGCAGGAGGCCAGCAGGAAAGGCACGUGGGCUGCAGUGUGCCUGUCAGUGAUCCCAACCUGAUUUGCUUUGUUUUGCAGUCAUGAAUCCUGGCGGUACAUCCUCAGAAAUGGGUCUUUUAGCAAGUUAAAAUGCAUGUUGCUAGCCUGAACUGUUAAAGCACAUCCACUAAAACUUUAUGCCAUAUUCAGCCAAGUUUGUGGCUGCCCUUGUGACUGUGUGCUUUCAAAAACAAGCCAGAGAAGCUUCUGCAUCAGUGCAGCAUCCCCAAGGAUUUCAUGCUUUGCCGUGUUCUUGUGCCACAUCUCCAGGCAGUGCUCCCUCCGGGGCCGCUGUGCUCUGGAGCAGACAGUUCAGGGGCAGACCUGUGCCAGCACCUUCAUUGAUUGUAAUGGUAAUUUCCACUUUCCAAGACCAUCUCCAGACACCAGUGUCUUUCUGUGAUGUCCACACAAGAAAGUGCAGCAAUUGUGAGCUAUGAGCACUUGGGAUGUGAAAGCCUGUAGUUGCUUUCUCACAUCUAAGGCUCUGAACAAGCAGUCAAAAAGGAUCAAAAAUGCAACUGUGCCAGAACUGAAAGGUGAACGUAAUUCACUGAAAGUUGUUGUCACCCUUUGCUGCUUCAAGGUGACAGUUCAGAGUGUAACUAGUCCUGCUAUAGGACUCGAGGGAACCGCCUCCUCCUAUGGUCUUCUGACUGCCUCUGUCCUUACUGCCUUUGCAGAACGGCACCAGCUUCCAUGUGUUUGACCAAGGACGCUUUGCCAAAGAGGUGCUGCCCAAGUAUUUCAAACACAACAACAUGGCCAGUUUCGUCCGGCAGCUGAACAUGUAUGGCUUCAGGAAGGUGGUGAACAUUGAGCAAGGGGGGCUGGUCAAGCCUGAGCGGGACGACACUGAGUUCCAGCACCUCUGCUUCCUGCAGGGCCAUGAGCACCUCCUGGAGCACAUCAAGAGAAAGGUGUCAGUAGUAAAAAGCGAGGAGACCAAGAUGCGCCAGGAGGACCUCAGCAGGUUGCUAUGCGAGGUACAGAUCCUGAGAAGUCAGCAGGAGAACAUGGAGUGCCAAAUGCAGGACAUGAAGCAGCAAAAUGAAGUCCUUUGGAGGGAGGUUGUUUCUCUACGGCAGAACCACUCACAGCAACAGAAGGUGAUCAACAAGCUGAUUCAGUUUCUGUUUGGCCAGCUCCAAUCAAGCCCUGGCAGUGCUGGGAUAAAGAGGAAGCUGCCUCUGAUGCUUGACAAUGGGUUGUCAGCUCCCCAGGUGUCCAAGUUCAGCCGGCAUUUGUCCGCAGAUGCCCUCCAUGAUGCCUAUUUCAUACAGUCGCCAUCGACAGAACCCGCCUCCUGUUUGCACAGCCCUGCAGUGGCUGCAGGACCCAUCAUAUCCGAUGUUACUGAAGCAUCACCAUCCAGCGUUAUAAAUAUGCAGUCCCCUCCUGAUAACGACAGGGAGAAGUGCCUCAUGCUGAUCAAGGAGGAGCCAGCGAGCCCUGGGGUGAAGGCCACUGCAGAGCCUGACGUCCCACUGUCUGGCUGCCGGGCCUGCCCCGAGCCCCCCGUGCUUCCAGUCGCCAUGGUGCAGUCUGUCCUGGAGGGCAAAGGGAGCUGCGGUGCAGCCCCCACAGGGAUCUCACAGCCCCCCGAGAGGAGAGUCAGGAGGGCACUGCUGGACAGAACAGAUAUUUCAGACCCACUGGAGGGCCCUGACUGGAGCCUGGAGGGGCUGCAGCUGCUGCUGAGGAACCAGCAGUAUGGCCUGGAGCCCACUAGCCUCCUGGACGUCUUCAAUCCCAACUUACCAAUGAGUGAGUGCAAUUUGGCUGAAAUGGAAGCUGGUCUGUCCCCGAUGCAGAGGCUCACAGUGGAUCUGGAGAAGAAUGCAACUGAGCUGACCUCAAAAGUGUUCAACCCAUUGUUCAGCAGUGCCUGCCCAGGGAAAGAUGUCCUUCUUGAAAGCUCCCAGCAGUUCCUCGCUGACCGUCAGUCAGUCUUUGGAAACGACAUCAUCAGCUUACCUGAAAGUUCAUCGCUGUAUGUUCCAUCUGAAAACAUGGCUUCCUAUCUGUCCUCCGUGGGUGUCCCAGGGGAUAUCCCAUUAAACCUGAGCUCUUCAACUGAUAACAACCAAUGAUGUCGCUUCCAAGGCAUCAUCUCCCUCCCACCCACCCAAGCAUCUGCAGGUUUGAAUGUAAAGAAACAAAAGUGACUCAGAAACCUACGAGAGAGUUGUUGUGCCCUUUCUUUUUGAGUAGAUAGGAAUGGUCAGUAGCUGUUGCACUGCCCACUCUGCCCCUGGCUCUCAGUGUUUGCCCAGGAUAAUAGUUUUAGAACAAAAUGCUGCUUCUGGUGCUUGUUCCUAGGUGGAGCGGGAACGUGGUAGGAGCUGUUUUUCUUGAAAAUGCUUUUACAAGUGUCAAACUUUAAGAAAAUUGGAGUGAAAAGUAGCUUGAAAAUUCAUCAGGGACCUCAUAGAACAAAGCAAUCCCAAGUGGUGUCUGCGGCAGCAAACUGUUGGAUUUUAGUAGGGCAGUGCAGGUCAGCUAAGAGAUACAUGAUCCUUCUGAAUGCCAUUUUUUUCAGUAGAAAAUUAGUUUUAUGUGCCAGACCAAUGCUCUAAAAAUAUUCUUUUACCACCUAUUUUCUGUUUUUGAUGGGAUGUAUUUGUGCCUCUCCCUUAUCUUCCCAGGGUGAGCAGGAACAUGAAGAUCCCUCAGGGUGUGCCGAAGAUAGUUUCCUGAGUGAUCACUCCAAGGAGGUGUCUUUGGCUCCCAGGGGAGCUGCAGGCAUCAUACACCCCACAACAUCCCACCCUGAGUUGAAAGGGUUGUUGGUUUUUUUCCCCCGUUUGUCUUCUAUAACGCAGUGGCAGGGCACCCCAUGCUUUAAUUCCUAGAAUAAGGGAUGGAGCCUUCUGCACACACAGUUUUUUAUUUUCAAAGAGGACUGGUGUACUCCUGGUUUUUGUGCAGGAGAAAUACUUCAUGACCAGUCCAGUGGUAUUUCUCCUUGGAUUUGACCUGCUCUAUUUCCCCCAAGCCUGUAGGUUUAUUAAUGUAAGAAAUCUGAUGAACCGGUUUAAUUGAUUGGAGCCCCUUUUUUGAAGGACUCUCAGCUUCAGGUACCUUCUCAGUGUCAAACAGAGGCAGAAGAGUUACUCCACCAUGUCCCAGUAACUUCUGCUCUUUGUGCAUCUGAAACCAGCCCCUCCAGGCUGAUUUAAUCUUCCUCUUCCAUGUGGUUUCUGACGACUGAGUUUCUCAACAAAGCAGAGCUUUGUUUUUUAUGCUAUAGUUCUAAUGAGAACAUAUUUAUCUCAGUAUCCUCUAAUUGAGUUGCUUUUCCUUAAGAAAGCUACCGAAAUGCAACAGGACAGACCCAGGAAAUUCACCUAACUCAGGCCUUCCAAGGGCUUAGACAGGGAGAUGUAAGUCAUGCCAACACCAUUUGAAGAACUGCUCUGCCAGGUUUCACUGCUGUGAUGAUUCUUGGUACUAAAUCGUAUUCCUGAGCAUCUAGAAUGGUCAAGCAGCAUCCACCCGAAAAUACAGUUGAUCAGAUGAAUGCAGGCUCAAAAUGUCCUAAAUAAGAUGUGCAUAUUUAAAAUGGACUUUCCUGUCACAGCCCUUUGCUCCAUCCAUUUUUCAGUGUGUGAACAGAUGGGAACAAUUCAGAGACACUCAUUUUUCCCAGCUAGCUGCUGUGUGCUGGGAGCAGUCUCCAUCCUGGAGGCACUGUCUUGGCAGAGUGAUGUUGUGAGAACUUCUGAAUUAAUUCCAUCCACUGUUUGUCCAUUCAGGACUAAGGGAAAAACCUGGCAGCCCCCACUGGCCUGGUAUUUAGACGGCAUUCUUGAGCAUAGUGUGGACAAAGUUUUCUUUUUUGACAGAUUUGUGCUUAAAGAGUUCAUCUAGAUCAGCCCACUUGCCACUGUACUUUGUGACUUCUAGCAGUGGAGGUCUGAGUUGCAGUCUGCUUGCUUCCUUUCUCAUGGGAAGCUGUGUGGUGUCUCUUCUCACCUGACAGCGUGCAUUAUCCUUGUUCAAGUUUUAUGUCUUUCUUGAACCUUCACAUGCUCGAUUCCUUCAUGUUAGCGCUGUGAAUGUAUAUGGAUUCAGUAAGGUAUCUAAGCGUGUGAGUAACUUCAAACUUCUGAGUAGUUUUACUUAUUUUUAUGAAGUCUGUCACAUACGUGAAGUCGGACACAUGCUUGAAUGCCUUACUGGAGCGUCUAGUUGUGCUUGAAACAGGAACCACCUCAGGAGAACUACUUGCAAGAGGUGCAGUCCAAGCCAUGAGGGGCCCUGGCACCACCUCACACCACAGCAUUUGUCUGUAGUGCUCCGUGGCAGGCUGCAUGCGCUGUGAGCUCCUGAGUGGUUCCUUGGUUUUUCUUUAGGCUUUUUGCUCUACUGUCAGCGUGAGUGUGGAUCUUGAUGAACUGAGGGUAACCUCCAGGAAAGUGCUGAGAGCCACUCCUGAAGAAGCAGGCUGGCAUUCCUUGGCUUUUUACGUUGUUAAAUUUACUUGAAGGUGAUGUGCUGACUGCAGGUUUUUUUUCUUUUGUUUUGUUUUGUUUUUGUACUAUGCCGUACAUUUGUAAAAUUUUACAGAAAACAAUAAUUAAAUAUGAUUCCUUUUUCUCAUUUAGUCCCGUUCUGGCCUUUCUCUCACAAUUUCCCCCUUACCCCUUACACAUCUCCCGCUUCCCAUCUGAGAGGACUGGUAAGUGACGAUAACUUUCCGAAAUUUAACAGGUUCACUUGUGAGGUGAUGCACUUGCUGACCCACUGAUGGAUUGUG